UUAGAUAUAUUCUUUGCAAAGCAAUAUACUCGUUCUUUGUAGUUAUCUGAACAAUAACUAUGAUUUCAUUUAAAAUUUUAGUUAUAUUAGCUGUAAUAUUUGAUAUAAGCAAUUGUACCUUAAAAUCAAUCGAGGAAGAAAAUGUCAAGGAAAAAGAGGACAAGAAAAAAGAUUACAAUAGUAAUGAAUGCACUGAACAAUUAAAUAAAGUUGGGUUUCAUUAUACAAUUGGAUUUUUAAAUUACGCCAUAACAAGACAAUAUGAUAAUGAAAGUGAAUAUAUUUAUUACGCGAGUAAAGCGUUGAACAUUGAGAACAACGGUAUUUUAUCUGCUGAAUAUGAUUUUAUAUUAAAAUACUUUGAUACCGCCAAUAAAUAUACAUCAUUGGCACCAACGAUAGACACUCCAAUAAUAUUUUGCAAUAAAAGAUAUUUAUCUGAGAAACCGCAUAUUCUUUUUGAAUUCUAUAACGUUAUAGUUUAA